AUGUCUGACAGCUACGGAGACAACAGCUACGGCUCCAGCCGUCGCGACAACGACGACAACUCUUACGGCUCUAGCCGCCGUGACAACGACAACUCAUACGGUUCCGGCAACAACGACUCUUACGGCUCUAGCAACAACGACAGCUACGGCUCCAACCGUCGUGACGACGACAACGACAACUCCUUCGGCUCUUCUCGCCGUGACAACAAUGAGAGCUCGUACGGAUCCAGCAACACUGGCAUUGGUGGUAACACCAGCUACGGCUCAUCCGACAGGGACAACAACGAUAGCUAUGGCUCCAGCAACAAGGACUCCUACGGUUCCAGCCGCAAGGACAACGACAAUGACAACUCCUAUGGCUCUGGCCUCGGAGGUGGAAACAGCUAUGGCUCUCGUGACAACGACAACGACAACAGCUAUGGUUCUAGCCGUCGCGACAAUGAUAACGACAACUCUUACGGCUCUAGCCGCCGUGACAACAACGACUCCUACGGAUCCAGCAACAACGACUCUUACGGUUCCGGUAACAACGAUUCUUACGGCUCUGGUAACAAUGACUCGUAUGGUUCCAGCCGCAAGGACAACGACUCGUAUGGAACCAGCAACACAUACGGCUCUUCCAGUGGCAACGACACAUACGGCUCUUCCAGUGGCAACGACACAUACGGCUCCAACUCUGGCCGCAAUGCCGACGGUUCUUACGGAUCAAGCAACCCCGACUACGAUAAUGAUGACAACAAGAAGUCGUCUGGUGGCUUCUUGGAUAAGGUCAAGGACAAGGUUGAGGAGAAGGUCAAGGGACACAAGAACCGUGACAACGAUAACGAGUACUAA